AUGCGUCCGGGCCGUGCAGAGCCCUUCACGCCGCCAGCGAGGAGCAAGGUGUCUCAAGCUCCACCGCCUUCUGCGCGAGUUCAACCUGCAAAGCCUCCGGCGGCAGCGCAGGCGAAGCUGCAGCCGACCCCGACCGCAGCGCCGAAGGUGCAGCCGAAGGCCCCUCCGGCCUCCGCCGCAGUAAAGACAUCUGGGCCAGGGCCGGAGACCGCGUCAGAGUCAAAGCCUCACGGACAGCUGGGCAGUGAGAUGCCAUCUCAGCGAGCAUCUCUCCAGUGGGAGCGGCGCUGGGCAUCCUGGCGAAAAAAGGCAGUUGAAGUCGGCGCCUGCAUCUGGGCUGACAUAAGGGUUGAGGGCGAAGCUUCGGUCUCUAAGCUGAAAAGGGAGGUCACCACGAAGCUGACUGAAGCUUUGGGCGCUGAAGCUGUGGUGUCCAUCCUGGCGGAGGACUUCGACAGCACCCGGCGGCUCUUCGUUUGCCUCCUCGCGAAGGCAGAAGAGUGUACUGAGCUGCGUAGCACAUGGAGAAGCCUGAAGCUUUUGGAUGGUGUGACGGUGAGCUGGCGGGAUACCCUCGACACUGCCUCUCACAACCAUGUCCCUUACCUGAGAGAGAGCUGGAAUCCCAAAAAGCUUCCAGUCGAUUCCGUCAGCCUUACGUUACCCGCGCACUGGGCCUUUGAGAAAGGGAAGCUGCCAGACAAGCCACCUGUUGCUUGUGCCGCUGGCAGCCACUGGCAUGACUUUGCUCAAGUCUUUGGCGAGGUCAUGGAGGCUAGCUUUGCGUGGUAUGGGGAGGCCACUGAGACAGUGCAGCUGGUGGUGCGCUAUGUGAAGGGUGGGCCAAAGUCUGCAUACUUGAAGCUCACAGGGCGCUGCUUGCACAACCCCCUGUCAGGAAAGCCAGGCAAGAGGGAUCUAUUCUUGGUGCGUGCAGUCUACGGAACUUACGGAAAUCUACUCAAGCGUGUCACAGAGCAGGCGGGUAAAAAGUCAAAAUUUUGGCUUGAUGGGAUCACAUCAGAACUGCCACCGCGGCCAGAAAGCGCAUCUGCUGGCCCGAUCUUCGAGUUGUUCCCGCUCCAGUCCUUCUCUGCCGCUGCUGCAAAGAAGCGUCUUCUCAUAGCACCGUGGGGAGCUUCCCACUUUGUGCUUGGGAGUUCAAUGCAAUGUGACCUUCAUAUCUUCCAUGAUGGCAUAUCAAAGGAGCAUGCGGAGCUUUCUUUGAUGGUUCCAUGGAAGCAGCACGCUGCUGCACACCUCUCUGUGUUCGUCACAGACAAGUCCAAAAAUGGCACAUAUGUCAACGGGCAGCGCAUAGCCAAAGACGCUGUCUUGCAGCUCAGAGAGGGGGACAUCCUGCGCCUGGCAGAUGUACCUACCUAUGCCACCGGGCCGAAAGUGCGUCUUCGUUCUGCGCCGGUUUCCUUCCAUCGAGGCUGCAAAGGAUGCACCGCCACCCGCGAACUGGCAUUCGGAUGCCACGGAGUUCGAGGUGCCUGCGUGUCCCUCGUUCAUCAGGGACAUCAAGAGGAAAGCCAAAAAGGAAGCAAAAGGCAAAGAGGAACUCUGGGACGAGGUGCCUCAACUGCCUCCACCAGAGGCACUUUGGCUGCAGUGGGGAAACUCCGUGCCUCUCCCCUUUGUCUUUACAUCAACGUACUGUGCUGUUCAAUCGAACAACCCGUAAUGACGCUCAGGGGAAGGUGUGCUCUGGUCUCCAGUUCAAGUUGCGUGUGGUGA